CGAGGUGCUCGGCUCAAUGGGACGCCUGAAUCUCUGCGAGUCCAACACAAAACUCUGAGGGGAACAGGAAGAAUCAAACCACGGAGGACAAAAGAGAGGGGAGGAGACGCAGCAGAAGAAGGCGCCUGGCGAGGAGUGGAGGGGAGAUUUGAAAAGAGGGAUUUGCUCUAUCUGUUGGGGGUGCAUGCUCCCCCUGAGACCCUCCCCUCCUUUUGGACAUCCUCCUUUUCACUUGUUUCUGCAUUAGUGAGAGGCAGACAAAAGGCAAAGAAUGUGCAAUAAACACGGUGGGGGAUUGCUCGAUGCAAGCGGGGGCCUCGACGUGAGACUACCCAGGACUAGACUCUUGCUUCUGGGUUUGGUACUUGUUGCAGCGGGCUGGCUGCCUCCGUCGGCCCACGCAGACGGGGCGAUGGUGUUGAUAGAAGCAGGUGGAGAAGGUGAGGGGCAGGGAGGAGACCGGAGCGAGCUGGAGGCCUCCAUGCACUCCUCGCUGCUGCACGACUUCCAGGAGGUGACGGAAGGCCUCCAGGUGAUGGAGGACAGUGUUACUACAGCGUCCCGGCAGGACACGGCACCACCCUCAGCCUUCCCAGACUCCUCGGCGGUGGUUGGCCGGCUCUUCCAGAUCAAGGUGCCAAACAAGAUGGCGGAUGUUUACAUGGAAGAUAUAGUCAAGGU